AUGCCAGAUGAAUCAGAAACAGACGUGGAUUCAAACUCUUUUCAAUUCGACAUUUUCGAAGAUUUUUUGGAAGAGAUUGAGAAGGAAAAAUUAGAAAAUCAACAUAGGAAGUCUCCUGAACAAAUGUUCCGUUCGUUGACUGAUUUCAUUGGUGGAUUCAAGAAUUGGCACCUUUUAAAUGAUGAUUGUAAAAUGGAAGUUGUCAAAUUUUUGGAUUACAAAUCGAGAUGUCGACUAGGAAUUUGUUCGAAAUCAGAUUAUGAGAUUGUCAACAAAACGCCGAUUCAAGUUUACAGUGUACAGAUUAUUGAUAACGACAGCAAUCACUUCUUUUUCAGUUAUGACGAUUUUGAUACAGUAACUGUUCGAUUUCAAUUCUAUCCUAAAUCCACCAAAGAAUACGAAUUAGUUUUCUCCCAACUUGGAGAGGACACUCAAAUUCGAUGGCUUAAAUUUCAUUUGAAAAAGUACCCGGAAGCAAGAAGUUUGAUUUUAAAAUCUUGUAAUUAUCAAGAGGAAGCUGUGAAAUUUGCGGAGAGGAUUAUGAAGAAAGGACACUUUGAAUUGGAGAAACUCAGUGUUUCAACUAAAAAAUAUCCCAUCGAAAACAGUUGUAUCAAGUUUCUGCCACGUUGUAAAGAGCUUCAAAUUGGGAUUGAUGACGUGGAACUGAUCAAAUGGUGGCUACAACGAAUCCCAGAAAGAAUCAAGUUACUUGUUGUGUAUUUCAUAGAUGAUGGCUCAGUGGAGCUCACGAUUCCAUCAGAAUAUCUUGAUGCUCCACAGAUUACUUCAAGUCUUCGAUUAGGAUUUGGUGACCCUGCUACUUUCAGUGAUGAACAAUUUCUCAAUUUGAAAAACAAAUCGAUUUCAUUCAACGCUAUAACCGUCUCCGAUGACGCGAUAAACCAGUUCAUCAAGAUGUGGAUCAAUGGAAACGGAAUUGAAGACUUCAGAGAAGCUAACUUGGGAUCACUGGAGAAAAGAGAUGAAGCCACGAUACUACGUGGAAUCGAUGUUCGCCCGUGGGAUGAGGAUUUUCAGAGAGAAGCAGACGCCUUUAUUGAUGACUUCAAAAGAGUCUGUGGUGGUGGCCGGUGCUAUCAAGUUACCAAUCGUGUUGAUCCAUACGAGAGUCUUACUUUACAAUUUUCUGAUUUAGGUUUAUAUAUUUAUGCGAGCGGGAAGAAGAUUAUUCAUAACGGUAAACCAUGUACUCGAUACUCAAUUCCUUUGUUAUUUUUUUGA